AUGGUCUCGGUCGGUAUAAUAAGUGCGAAGCUAUCAGACCUGCAUGAUAACAUUGCAAAAUUAUCACAUGAAUUGGAGGCUAAGCGUAAGGAAAACGAGUCUCAGAAAAAUAUUGUUAAAAAGCUCGAUUCAGAAAUUAAAGACAAACAUAGGUUUAUCGAUAGUUUAGAACAGAAAAGUGAGCAGCAUCGAGAAGCUAUUAGAGUCAAUACUGAGCGUCUGUGUGAGCUUCAAAAAUCAGCUGCUGAGUGCCAAAAAGCGCAUGAAUCUUUAGAAAAACGAUUAGAAAGUCAAGAAGAAUCAAUUCAGUUGCUUGAAGAUGAAGUUAGGGAAGCACAAAAUCUUGCAAAAUCUUCUGCUCAACUUUAUGAUGAGACCGUUAAGCAACUUCAAGAAAAGUUAGAGAUUUCGGAAAAAUAUGACAAAAAAGAAGAGUCUCUCUCCAAGACCAUUAAAGAGUUGAAGGAUGAAGUUAAUUUGCAUGGAAACAGGCUCCGUCGCAUUGAGACUCAAGGAGAUGAGGCAAGUAAGCGCAUAAAAAUGCUAGAAGAAAAAAUCAAGGAAGUGACAGGACAAAUUAACUCC